UUUUUGAGACAGAAAGAGACAGAGCAUGAACGGGGGAGGGUCAGAGAGAGGGAGACACAGAAUCUGAAACAGGCUGUAGGCUCUGAGCUGUCAGCAAGGAGCCCGACGCGGGGCUCGAGCUCACGGAUGGUGAGAUCAUGACCUGAGCCGAAGUCGGCCGCUUAACUGACUGAGCCACCCAGACGCCCCUCUUCUUGUUUUAAAAGAUGGCACUUGAAUCUGAAUUAACUGUAAGAACUCUUUUCGACAAUUAAUAUCCAAAUUUUGCAUCAUUUUUUUUUUUGAUAUUUCAACAUUGACACUGAUCAUUUGGAGCAUUUUUAGAGUGUCUUUGUAGUUCUACAGCUGUACUUUAUUGACCACUUUGUCAAUCGCCAGGUAAUGCAAUUACUUAGUCCUAAUGCCUCUUUCUCAAUAAUAAUAAUGAAUAGAUAGCCCCUUUCAAAUCAUAAAUUGGAAAGGAUACUUGAGGUCAUUUUAUACUUUUUAACACACAACUAUGUACUGGUAGAACUGAGUGAGACUCCAGUUAUCCUGAGUCUUCAAAUAUUCUGGCAAAACUGUAAUUAUUCAGGAUUGGCAAUACUUGCCCUGGUACAGAAUGUAUUGAGUUAAGAAUAUAUGUAAAGUUGUAUAUAUAGAAAACUAUUCCUGGAUAGUUUUCUUUAAGUCAUAUUUCCUGAUGUUACUUUUAUUUUCCAUUUUAGCUGGACAAUAUACAUUCAUUUUCCUACAAUAAUUUUUUAAAAAAGAUUUAGGCUUAUCUAUCACAGGCUAAAAUAUUAGCAAUGAAAAAUAUGACAUGCUUUAACGUAUGGGCAUUUAAUUCAGUCAUCACCAAUCAACAAUUAAAUCAGCCAUUAAAUCAAAAGGGUUAUACGAGGGUGACCCAGUUGGUUAAGUGGCCAACUUCAGCUCAAGUCAUGAUCUCUAUGUCUGUGAGUUUGAGCCCUGUGUCAGGUUCUGUGCUGACAGUUCAGAGCCUGGAGCCUGCUUCUGAUUCUUUGUCUCCCUCUCUGGCCCCUCCCCCACUGGUGCUCUGUCUCUAUCUAUCUCUCGAAAAUAAAUAUUAAGAAAAUUUUUAAGAAGGGUUAGAUGAUAGGAAAGUCAAAGACAGUCACUUCAACAACCUUCCAGGCAGGUAAAUGACAAGGAAGGAGAUGUUCACAAAUGACUAGGCCAUAGGAAGCAGAAAUUAUGACUGGUUAAAGGCUUUGCUUUUGAGGUGGAAAUGCAAUUGAACAGUAAAAUAUAAGUAUAAUUUGGAUGAAGAAGAAGGAAGAGAAAGCUAUUUGAGACUAGGGAGACCAUGUCCAUGAAAAGCACAGGAGGAUCAAACUAUCCAAUGCAAUCAUGUAAGUAAUGUCAAUAGUAAGUAAUCUCAUAGAAAUGAAAUCCAGGUUGUAAGGACGACCUUAAGAAAAAGGAAACAGACCAGACAGUAGAGAGAUUUAAACAACAGGCUCUCACUCUGUUAGUUAUGAAUAAGCAAAAUGUUACAUAUUGGUGUCCUCUAAUUGUGGGGGUCAGAAUUCACAUGCUUUUUUCUCCCCAACUCCUCACCCAGUAUCCUGCCCCCAUUCCAGAAAUAGACAUAUUAAUGAAUCAAUCUCAUUCUCGUUCUGUUAAUAGAGCUGCCUUUGAAUCAUACAGGAUACUAUUCACACUUUAUUCAGGGUGGAGUCUAAUUUUUUCUCUACAUUUUCCUUCAGGAAAUAAUCAUGUGUGCCCAAAAGACUGGCUGCUGAACCAAGGGAAAUGCUACAGGUUUUCAAUGCCUUCCAAAACUUGGAAUGAGAGUCAACAUGAUUGUGCAUACCUACAGGCACAUUUACCGGUGAUCCAAAGUUUGAAAGAGCUGGAGUUCAUACAGAAGAGUUUAAAACCUGGAAAUCCUGCUUGGAUUGGACUAUAUAUUGCAUCCCCAGGAAAACAAUGGAUGUGGAUAAAUAAACACCUUUUUGUGGAAGAAAACAAUUUUCUCAUGAUUGGACCAACAGAUCACACAAGCUGUGCUGUUGCAACAAGAAAUCAGGUGUAUUCUGAAGACUGUAACUCCAACUUUAAUGGCAUUUGCCAAAGAGACGCUGUCUGAACAACAAAAACAAAUCUGUGCAUUUAAACAAAGAUUUGAAGCAAAUGCAUAUGGAUAAUAGUGCCUAUCUUUUUUUUUUUUAGCGGAAUGCAAAUUUGUUUCCUUUCUAUACUAUUAAAAAACAAAAUUUGACUGAGGAAAUUUAAAGAUAUAAUUGGCAUUAUUCAAUGAUUCGUGAACUGGGUAGCAUCCCACCAAGCAAGUAAAAAAAGAGCUCCAAUGAGCUACAGAGAAGGAAAGGCUUUUUAAAGGCAGACGGGGGUGACAGAAGGAAAUCAGAAACAAUAAAAAUAUUAUUUGGGGCAAGGUCACCUUUCUUUGGGGCAUGAAAAUGGGCCAUCAGGUGGAUCGCCUUAUUAGGGUUGACCAGAACAUUCUUGACUGACCAGUUAAGAUUGUAUUCUUGGGGAGAUCCAAACUGCAGUUAGAUUAGGUAUUAAGUUUUGGUUUCAUGACAGGUGCUUAGCAUGAAUGACUCCAUUUUGGGCCUGUUGUCUCUAUUUUCACAGUACAAACAUAAAAUUUUCAAAUAUUCCGUCUAGAAAUAAUACUUCAAAAUAAGGAAAUAUGACUUAUUUUUAAACAAGAAAACACUCUUUCCUAUUGUUUCAAUGUAUAAAAAGAUAAUUAAAUUUCAACUUGUAAUCCUGCCUUAUUCGUUGUCUGUGUCCUAUUGGGUUUGAAAUCCUGAGCAUUUGGUGAAGAAAUAGCCUAAGCAGACAGAUAUACCGUUUUUUUUUUUCUUCAUGGUGGGCCUUUUCCCCAAGGUUGUUUUUCAAUUUUUAUCAAAAAGAAAUCAAACUUUCAACUGGCGAUAAAGUACUCAGGUGUUGUAAGCAUGAGAUGUCUAUUUGAGGUAAUACACAAUCUUGUUUUCAACGUGAUU